AUGUCGAGCUCGUCGCUAGUGCCAUUACCGAACUCCGUCGGUAUGCCCAACACGAUCAACGCCACAUUUGAUGCAACGCCCAGCCUCCCGUACUUUGAACACGCUUGGUCGGUGCUAAGCAUAAUUGGUGUAUUCAACGUGUUUUUGGGGCUGCUCAUUAUCGGAAUCACGUCGUUUUCUAAGCUCACGGUCGUACCCAUCGUCUCGUCGGCGGCUGGCGCCAUCGCGAAUGGACUCUAUUUCCACGCGUACUAUGACAAGCCAUAUCCUCUUGCGAAGAGGGCAGCGGCAGCAGCCAUUGGCGAUAUCUGCUGGCUCAUUCAAGAAGCAGGGCUGCCCUUCUACAGCUUCAUCAUCCUCAACAGACUUCUGCGGGGGACGAAACGAAGAGUCUUCCACACCGUAUUCUGGUCAACUCUCGUCCUUGUCACCGUCGUCAAAGUCGUGAUCAUCUACUACCGUCUCCUCCGGAUCCUAAGGGAAGACGACAGCCUCCAGAGCAUCAUCAUUAGGAUCCACAUUGCCUACUUUGGCCUCUUCGCCGUCAGCGAGUGCGUCAGCGCCUACUUUCUCCUCCGCAUCUUCGCCGAAGUCAGAAAGUCGUCAAAGGAAGCCGGUCUCCGAACGAGCUUCAUCCGGUACCUGAUGCGCAGCACAGAGAUCCGCGUCGCUUCGCUGGCCGUGGCGGCGGCGAUACGGGUGAUUACGCAUUCGUUGAACGUGUGGCAGAGUAGUCCCGCGACGAGAUACGUGGAUCGAGCUGCUUAUGCGCUCGGUUGCUUCUUUCCCGUUAUUAUGUACGUCGACUUGCUGGCAUCGAAGCUGCAGUUUACGACGCAGACGAAUGAUCCCUCUUUCGCUAGUGACAGACCACUGCGGGGUGCGGUAUCGUCUGGGAAGACGGAAGAAUAA